AUGUGUUGUUGUAAAACAAUUCUUCUCGGUAUUGUGUCGCUGAUAACAAUUAGUGUGUGUAUAACACAAAUCGGUUUUUCUGUGCAUUAUAUUCAUAAUCCAGUUAAAUGUGAACGUGCAGAAUUUUUAACAAUAUUAAAUUUGAUUGGUGGUAGUAGUGGAAUCUUAUCAACUGUACUUAUUCUAUUAUGUUGUCACCGAUUUGGAUUUGGAUCAAAAUGA